AAGAAGAAAUAAAAAAAUCUUCAUUUCCAAUAAUACUAUAAAAUGAUAUCUUUUUUUCUCUUUUUUUUUUGAGAUCUUUUUUUUCUCUUUUAGUCUUAAAAUCUGAUUUUCCCUGCUCUUGUCGCUAAAACAAAUGAUCGACCAUCUUUCUUUCUCUCUCUCUACAUCUUUUCUUCUCUCCUGAUCAUUUUCAUUAAGAACUAAACAGGAGAGAUAAAAUGGAGGAGCCGAAAUGGUUGGAAGCUCUCUUAAGAACAAACUACUUCAACAUUUGCCCUCGACACUGCGAGACACCGCGAAAUGAAUGCAACAUGUUCUGUCUCUCCUGUCAAAACGCUGCGUUUUGCAUCUACUGCCGAACCUCCCUCCACAUUGAUCAUCCCGUCCUUCAGAUAAGAAGAUCGUCGUAUCAUAAUGUGGUUAGAGUAUCGGAGAUAGAGAAGGUAUUGGACAUAAGAGGAGUCCAAAAUUAUGUCAUCAAUAGCGCGAGGGUUCUCUUCCUGAACGAGAGACCUCAGCCUAAGAAUUCUUCUCAUGGCGCCACGUCAUCCACCACCAAAACCAUUUCCUACUUCUGCGAGACUUGUUGCAGAACGCUUCUUGAUCCAGUUCGCUUCUGUUCCUUGGGUUGCAAGGCUGAAGGAAUGAGGAAGAAUAAGGAAGAGGAAGAAGAGAGAUUGCGUAAAGAAAGACAACAAGAAACGCACAAAGGCACGCAUCCUCCAACUCAUACUUCUAAUUCUAGGCGACGUAAAGGCACUCCACAUAGAGCUCCUUUUGCCUCCUAAUUUAAUCACUCUUUUUCAAGAAAUAAAAAACAUAAACUUUCCUUUGAUUUUAAUUUAUCUAAUACAAUUUAAUGGUCCACCCAAAUUAGCAUAGCAUAUGCGUAUUGGGUGGGUGUUUAUAUAUUCUCCAAUUUGUACAAAGUCCAGCUCACUUCUCACAAUCAUCUCACAUGGGAACAACAAUUUGUAUAAAAUAAAAUCGUAAAACUCA